UAGGAAGUGGAGAUGAUGAUGAAAUGAAUUUUUUUCAAUCUCUAGCCAAUUGUAGCAGUUUGCAGAAGCUGGAUCUCGAGAUGAAUCAAUUUGAAGGUACAUUGCCUAAUGUUUUGGGAAAUUUUUCUACCCAGCUUACAUUUUUUGCGAUUGACCAAAAUCUUAUUUUUGGAGAGAUCCCUUUUAGGGAUAGGCAACCUAGUUAACUUGAACAACUUAUUUAUGGAUGGCAACAAAUUUACAGGGAUAAUCCCAAGUGAUAUUGGUAAUCUUCAAAAGUUACAACGAUUUUCUUUGAGUAACAAUAGGCUCUCAGGAAGGUUACCAAUUACCCUUGGAAACCUAUCAUUAUUAAAUGAGCUGUCCUUAAAUAAUAACAAAUUGUAAGGAACUAUCCCAUCAAGUAUAGAAAAUUGCCAAAAUUUGUUGUUGCAAGAUCUUUCUCAAAACAAUCUCACUGGCACCAUUCCAAAGCAACUCUUUGCAAUUUCCAUGCUAUCAAUUAGACUCAGUUUAGCACAAAACUUUUUCGUAGGAUCAUUACCAUCAGAAGUCGGCAAGUUAGUCCAUUUAGCAAUGUUGAACUUAUCUGAAAACAAGUUGUCUGGUAAAAUUCCAAGCAGCCUAGGCUCUUGCACAAGCCUUGAGUACCUUUAUGUGGAGGGCAAUUUAUUUCAAGGAGAAAUUCCAACAUCCCUGAGUUCUUUGAGAGGUAUUCAAGUCAUGGAUCUUUCUCGAAAUAACUUCUCUAGUCAAAUUCCAAAUUUCUUGGAAAAACUCUCCCUCAAGAAUUUGAAUUUAUCAUUCAAUGAUUUUCAAGGAGAGGUUCCAACAAAAGGAGUGUUUGCAAAUGCUAGCUCAAUAUCAGUGGUCAGAAAUAUCAAGCUUUGUGGGGGCAUAUCAAAACUCAUGUUGCCUAGUUGCUUAACUAAAAAAGAGAAGAAAACAAAGUGGUCUCUCACACUCACAAUUGUAAUCUUAGUGGCAUGUGUGCUCCUUGUAGUUGCCACAAUGUCUUUUUUCUUAUUUUAUUGUCCCAAAAAUAUAAGAAAAGAUGAGUCUUCAGGACCUACCUUGAGAAAGUCGCUUUUGAAAGUGUCUUACCAAAUGCUUCUCAAAGCAACAGAUGGGUUCUCAUUAACAAAUUUGAUUGGUGUGGGUAGUUUUGGUUCAGUGUAUAAAGGCAUCCUUGGUGAAGAUGGGUCAAUUGUUGCAGUCAAGGUACUAAAUCUUCAACGUCAAGGUGCUCUUAGGAGCUUCAUCUCUGAGUGUGAUGCCUUGAAAAAUAUUCGUCACCAGAAUCUUGUGAAGAUAAUAACUUCCUGCUCAAGUGUGGAUUUUCAGGGAAAUGAUUUUAAGGCUCUAGUUUAUGAGUUCAUGCCAAAUGGAAGUCUAGAAAAAUGGUUACAUAUGGAUUUGGAAACAGAUACAGAGCAAGCAAAGAUACAAAAUUUGAACCUUCUUCAAAGAACAAACAUUGCUAUUGAUGUUGCAUGUGCACUCGAUUACCUACACUACCAUUGUCUAGUGCCAGUUGUUCACUGUGAUCUAAAGCCAAGUAACAUUCUCUUCGAUUAUGAUAUGACAGCUCAUGUUGGAGAUUUUGGGCUUGCAAAACUUCUUUCAGAACUUACAAUUCCAAAACAAAGCAGCUCAAUUGGAAUAAGGGGAACAAUCGGCUACACUCCUCCAGAAUACGGUCUAGGAAGUGAGGUGUCAACCAAAGGGGAUGUCUACAGCUAUGGAAUCUUAUUGUUAGAGAUGAUAACAGGAAAGAGGCUCACAGAUCACAUGUUUGAGGGAGGCUUUAACCUUCACCGUUAUGCUAGCAUGGCCUUGCCUAAUUGUGUAAUGGAGAUUGUUGACUCAAAGCUUUUAAAUAAUGUUGAUGAAGUGAUUGAUAAUCAUAAUUUUAGCCCUACAAAUAGAAAAGAGGAGUGUUUGAUAUCCAUGGUCAAGGUUGGAGUGGCGUGCUCUGUGGAUUUGCCACAAGAACGAUGGGACAUUAGCAAGGCCAUUUCUGAGGUGCAUUUGGCCAGGGACAUUCUUCUUGGCUCUAGGAGUUAAUACAACAUGUUUGACUACAUGGAAGGCCCAUAAAGACUGCGAACCUUCAAAGUUUUACAAUGGAUGGAGAGAUUCUUCUGGCAUACUAGAUAAGCAUGGUCAUGGUUUAUUGCAUAAGGAGUGUUCUGCAUGUUUCUUAUACCUUGUCUUAUAUUUGUGUUUCAUACGUUUGUGAGUAACUCAAAAUAAUUUCCCUAAAACUUGUAUCUAUGUUUAAUUCUAUUGAUAUUAUGCUUUGAAAAUCAACUAUUUAAUUUAAUUUGUAGUUGUAAUAUAUUCAAGCAAAUAAUAAGAUGUAUUUCCCACUUGCUACCAAUUCCUCGUCAAUACAUUUUUCUUCAAAGGUCGAUGUUAAAUAAUAGAAGGAUGGAUGAUUUGUUUA